AUGAGCGCCAUGUCCACGGUGCUCGACAUCCUCAUUCGCGGCAUGAUGAUCGGCUUCUUCUUCCCCCUCGGCAGCGUCACCUGGCUUCUGCGGCAGGGCCUCUGGGGCGAAAAGUGGCAGAUCUUUGUCGGCUCCGGCGUCGUCCUGAGCUUGAUCGUCGGCAUCCUCGAAACCGCCGGAGCGCCUCGGCCAUUGUGUCGCCGAAACGAAACCCCUUCCGAGCGCGCCUUCCGAUCCGUUCGCGAGACCACCGACAUGUCCAAGGCGGUACCCGCGGCGGUGUGCCGCUUCGGUUUCCACGCUUCCGCAAACCACCGCCAUCGGCAUCGUCCCAGAGGCCGGAGCAGGCAGCCCGUCGCGGAGCAAACUCACCUCACGUUGAUGCCGAACGGAGACAUGAUUCGACCAUGUUUCGAAACCGAGCUCGCGCCCGACCCGUCACGGGCGAGCCGCGUCCGAGACAUCCUCCCAUGGAGGGCCCUCGACAAAGGGCCGGCCCCGCGUGAAACUACGCCGUGUACGUACAAGAGCAUCUGUACUCGUAGCGAGCCUGGUAAGGAGAGCGUGGCAUGCAUGAAAAUGUUUCAAAUGGUGCACCAUGUACACUUGGCCUGUGAUUCUCUUGACAAGCCGUCAACUUUGGCCAUCGGCAUCCACGGUCCAUCAAAAUAG